AUGUCGUCAUCACCAAGUCCUGCCAUUGUUGCAACUGCCGCUGUCGCUACGCUCGCGGCUGGUGUUCUUGCCUAUGCCGCCUACUUCGACUACCAGCGGCGCCACAACGCUGAGUUCAGGAGACAGCUGCGUCGCAACGAGCGCCGGCAAGCGCGCGCUGAGAAAGAUCUGGCCGAGGCCAGCGCAAAGGCCCAGCGCCAGCGUAUUAAGCAAGCUGUCGACGAGGCCAAGGAGGAGGGCUUCCCCACCAGCGCUGAAGACAAGGAGGCCUUCUUCCUUGAGCAAGUCCAAGCCGGAGAGAUGAUGAGCGCUGAUCCCUCCAAGCAUCUUGAGGCUGCUCUCUGCUUCUACAAGGCCCUCAAGGUCUACCCGACUCCCGGCGAUCUGAUCAACAUCUACGACAAGACUGUCUCCAAGCCUAUCCUGGACAUUCUCGCCGAGAUGAUCGCUUAUGACUCCAGCUUGCGGAUUGGUACCGCCUACACGGGCCCCGCCGGCGUCGACGUGGCCGAUCUGAUGCGCGAGAUGGGCGCUGUCCCCGGUGUUGGGCUGGACUAA